CGGGAGAAGCUGCGGGUUUCUUUUCCCGGAGGCGGACCUGGGCGGUGGGAACGGACCUGGGGGGCGGGGCCGGACACCGAAGGCCCCUCCUCCCCAGGCGGGCUUAUUUGGCGGCGGGGUCUUCUGCCAGGUGUCCGCGGUUUGGCUGCCUAGCCGAACGGGCUCUGGCUCCUCCCAGUGGCCGGCCGGGGCGGAAGCAGGAGGCGGGGGCAGCGUGCGCGCUGCUGGUCUCCUCACCCGCGGCGCUGGGGCCCGCGCUCCGCGGCUGCUGCUAGAUUCGGCGCCUCGCAGUCGGCCAGCUCCUCUCCGCGCCCGCCCGCUUCUAGACCAGGCCUCCUCCUCCAGCCCCAGCCCGCGGCGUCGACCCCGCCGGCCCUCUCCCGCCCCGUCUCAUACUGUGGCCGCCGCUGCCGCGACCCCGGCCCCGAUGGCUCUGUGCAACGGAGACUCCAAGCUGGAGAAUGCUGGAGGAGACCUUAAGGAUGGCCGCCACCACUAUGAAGGAGCUGUUGUCAUUCUGGAUGCUGGUGCCCAGUACGGGAAAGUCAUAGAUCGAAGAGUGAGAGAACUGUUCGUGCAGUCGGAAAUCUUUCCCUUGGAAACACCAGCAUUUGCCAUAAAAGAGCAAGGAUUCCGUGCUAUUAUCAUCUCUGGAGGACCUAAUUCUGUGUAUGCAGAAGAUGCUCCCUGGUUUGAUCCAGCGAUAUUCACUAUUGGCAAGCCUGUUCUUGGAAUUUGCUAUGGCAUGCAGAUGAUGAAUAAGGUAUUUGGAGGUACUGUGCACAAAAAAAGUGUUAGAGAAGAUGGAGUCUUCAGUAUUAGUGUGGACAACACAUGCUCGUUAUUCAGGGGUCUUCAGAAGGAAGAAAUUGUUUUGCUUACUCAUGGAGAUAGUGUAGACAAAGUAGCUGAUGGAUUCAAGGUUGUGGCACGUUCUGGGAACAUUGUGGCAGGUAUAGCAAAUGAAUCUAAAAAAUUGUACGGAGCACAGUUCCACCCUGAAGUUGGCCUUACAGAAAAUGGGAAAGUAAUCCUGAAGAAUUUCCUCUAUGAUAUAGCUGGGUGCAGUGGGACCUUCACUGUGCAGAACAGAGAACUUGAGUGCAUUCGAGAGAUCAAAGAAAGAGUAGGCACAUCAAAAGUUUUGGUUUUACUCAGUGGUGGAGUAGACUCAACGGUUUGUACAGCUUUGCUGAAUCGUGCUUUGAACCAAGAUCAAGUCAUUGCUGUGCACAUUGAUAAUGGCUUUAUGAGAAAACGAGAAAGCCAGUCUGUAGAAGAAGCCCUCAAAAAGCUUGGAAUUCAGGUCAAAGUGAUAAAUGCUGCUCAUUCUUUCUACAACGGAACAACAACUCUACCAAUAUCAGAUGAAGAUAGAACUCCACGAAAAAGAAUUAGCAAAACAUUAAAUAUGACAACAAGUCCUGAAGAGAAAAGAAAAAUUAUUGGUGAUACUUUUGUUAAGAUUGCCAAUGAAGUAAUUGGAGAAAUGAACCUGAAACCGGAGGAGGUUUUCCUUGCCCAAGGUACUUUACGGCCUGAUUUAAUUGAAAGUGCAUCCCUUGUUGCAAGUGGCAAAGCUGAACUCAUCAAAACUCAUCACAAUGACACAGAGCUUAUCAGAAAGUUGAGAGAAGAGGGAAAAGUAAUAGAACCUCUGAAAGAUUUUCAUAAGGAUGAAGUAAGAAUUUUAGGGAGAGAACUUGGACUUCCAGAAGAGUUAGUUUCCAGGCAUCCAUUUCCAGGUCCUGGCCUGGCAAUCAGAGUAAUAUGUGCUGAAGAACCUUACAUUUGUAAGGACUUUCCUGAAACCAACAAUAUUUUGAAAAUAGUAGCUGAUUUUUCUGCAAGUGUUAAGAAGCCACAUACACUAUUACAAAGAGUCAAAGCUUGUACAACGGAAGAGGAUCAGGAGAAGCUGAUGCAAAUUACAAGUUUGCAUUCAUUGAAUGCCUUCCUGUUGCCAAUUAAAACUGUAGGUGUGCAGGUGAGUUGUCAUUCAUAUAUCUAUGUUCCUUGAAUUAAUGGAAAGAAUAGUAGUCUAUGUUCCUUGCUUCUUCUACUAAAUUGUCAUUUCUCUAUAAUUUUCACCUCCCCUUCUAGAGUUGUCUAUAUAUUUGGCCCACCAGUUAAAGAACCCCCUACAGAUGUCACUCCCACUUUCUUGACAACAGGGGUGCUCAGUACUUUACGCCAAGCUGACUUUGAGGCCCAUAACAUUCUCAGGGAGUCUGGGUAUGCUGGGAAAAUUAGCCAGAUGCCAGUGAUUUUGACACCAUUGCAUUUUGAUCGGGACCCACUUCAGAAGCAGCCUUCAUGCCAGAGAUCUGUGCUUAUUCGAACCUUUAUUACUAGUGAUUUCAUGACUGGUAUACCUGCAACACCUGGCAAUGAAAUCCCUGUAGAGGUGGUGUUAAAGAUGGUCACUGAGAUUAAGAAGAUUCCUGGUAUUUCUCGAAUUAUGUAUGACUUAACAUCAAAGCCCCCAGGAACUACCGAGUGGGAGUAAUAAACUUCUUGUUCUAUUAAAGUAUUGUGUUCAGUUUAAAUUGAUUAGAAACCAUUCCCAGUAUUGACAUGUGGUACUGUGAAAAGAGUUACUGGAGCGGCUGCAUCACAUCUGAGUUCUCUACAGCAAAAAUCUGUGGCCUGAGAGCUGAGUCGGGGAUCACUAAAAGGGACUGAAGUGUUUGUACGGGUAUAAUCAAAGCACCAUUGCCUACACGUAUCAGACAGAUUGGCACUGCUUUUGCCUUUGCCUCACUUGUUCUUUAUGUAUAAACUUACUGUUGCUAUUAAUGUCUCUGUCAAUGAAGAUAUAUGAAGGUGGGUGAGUUUGGGGGUAGUAAUAGGCUUCUGUCCCCUUGCCAGUUUCUAAGAGCUGUUAGAAAACACACGUUAUUUACCAGUGUGACUUAGUAUGUAUGUCUUUCAGAGAAUCUGAAUUUGCUUAUAAGUAACCUUACUCCUCCAAAGGUGGGGGUGAGGGAUGAACAUACCAGAUAAGGUGUAGGUGGGCUGUUCCAACCCUUUUGCAGGACACUGGAGCUAUCAAAUGUAAGCUCCCUUAAGAUGGAAAACACCAGGAAUUUGUUGAAGUACUUUAGAAUAUUAUGACAUUGCAGCCAUGGGAGAAAGAAGCUACGAAUGGUCUUGGUUUAAAAUGUUUUCAAAUCCUGUUCCACAUAGAUGCCAUGGUGUUCACUGUCAGCCUGUUCAUUAGUGAGGAGCUUUAUCCCCCCACCACCCACCCAUGUUGCCAGCUCCCAAAGCCUUGUGAGGAAGUUUCUGUUCUCUUUCCCGGAAGAGGCUGUCUCUGGUGUAGCAUAAAGUCAGAGUUUUGAUCUCAUUUGGUCAGAGGGUCAGCUCUGAGACCACAGAAACCAUUACACAUGCCCACAGCUUAGACUAUCUAGUAAAGAGUUGUAAAAUGAACUCUUAGAUGUAAUCUGUAGGCAGGUUUAUUACCCACUGUUCAGAAGACUGUAACUAGUCUUGGUCCAUGCAAGAUAUUGCCACACCUUGUAAUCCUCUAUCAUUUGUAAGAUUCAAGAACUUGUAUAGGACUCCUUGCCAUUGCCACUGGUGUCUACCAGAUCCUUUAUAACAUUCGUAUAAGCACUAUAAAAAUAGUACUAGACUUAAAUUCUAUAACCAUUUCUCAAUAUUUUAGCUGUUGUUACUAUUUAAGAACAUUAAAGAGUUUUUCCUUUUUUUUUUUUAA